AGGGGUGCCAACAUUUCUAGUGAUUUCUAGUGACAGUUGAUUUGUUUCUAAAGUUGCUGGAUUUUUGGAAUUGGGGCUAUAAUUUAAGCUUGAUUACUAUUUUUUGGGGCGAGUUGAGGUUAUGUGAACAUGUUCAACGAGUCGAAUUACGACUGGGAGGCCCACAACAGGCAGGUGGCUUUCGAGGGUCGCGCGGCCUUGGACCGCACCUCCGAAAGCCUCGCCAGGUCCAACCAAAUCGCCAUCGAAACCGAGCAACUUGGGACCGAAGUGGUGUCCGAGCUCCACCAACAAAGAGAGUCUUUGUUGCGGACCAGAGACCGGCUCGAGAACGCCAACGAGCAGCUGGACAAUGCCCGGACUAUUCUCAAGCGAAUGGGGCGCAACGCCAUCUACAACAAGCUCAUCCUCAUCCUGAUAAUAAUCACUGAAAUAGCAAUUCUUGUGUCGCUUUCGUACUGGAAAUUUUUUACUAAGAAAUAACGUGUGUAUAAUUUUAUAUUAAACAUAAAUAAUUUA